UUCUCCCACUUUUAGUCAAACUUUCAAGCCGUCCUCGUGCUAAUCAAGUCUACCCCCUGUCUUCCAUUUCCAUUUCCAUUUCCAUGUCCUCUUACUACAACACUGACAAAUUCUAGAACCACCGCCACCCAUCCCUACUCUUUCACCGGCAUGUCGGCCAAUCAAUUUUUCCGGCAGCUGUUUGCCUUUCUAUUCAUUUUCAGCCUGAUAUCUUUCUCCAAAUCCGACGAGCUCCAGCCGCUUCUAGAAUUCAAGUUUGCUCUGCAAAGUUCAAAUACCAAUGUUUUCAGCUCGUGGACACAAGAUAACUCCGUAUGCAGCUUCACUGGGAUAGUAUGCAAUUCCAAUGGACUUGUCACGGAAAUCAAUCUCCCCGAACAAAAGCUAUCUGGGAUUCUUCCAUUUGAUUCAAUAUGCAAGCUUCAGGCGCUGGAGAAACUCUCUCUGGGGAAGAAUUUUUUGCACGGUGGAAUCUCUGAGGACGUGAAGAAUUGUACUAGUUUGCAACAGUUAGACUUGGGUGUGAAUUUGUUUUCUGGGGAAGUGCCUGAUUUGUCUUCUUUAAGCCAAUUGAAGCUAUUGAGUUUAAACAACAGUGGGUUUUCUGGGCUAUUUCCAUGGAAAUCAUUGGAAAAUCUUACGAGUCUCACUUUCUUGAGCCUCGGCGACAUUGUCUUUCAGAAAAGUCCUUUCCCUAUGGAGGUCUUGAAGCUUGAUAAAUUGUACUGGCUUUACCUCUCGAACUGCAGCCUCGAAGGACGAAUUCCAGAGGGUCUAGGAAAUCUUACUCAGCUCAGAAAUCUCGAGCUUUCCUGGAACCGAUUUUCCGGUGAAAUCCCCGGCGAUAUUGUAAAACUCACGAAUCUUCGGCAACUCGAGCUUUACAAAAAUUUCUUGACCGGGAAACUGCCGGCGGGAUUUCGAAAUCUUACGAGUCUUGUAAAUCUUGAUGUGAGUACUAACAACCUCCAAGGCAAUAUUUCUGAGGUGAGAUUCUUGACGAACAUUGCUUCUUUAAAUCUCUAUGAAAACCAGUUCACAGGGGAGAUUCCUGAAGAGCUCGGGGAGUUGAAGAGCCUUGUGUAUUUCUCACUCUACAGGAACGAGUUUACCGGCACUCUUCCUCAGAAGCUCGGCUCCGGCUCGGACCUUCUUUACAUUGAUGUAUCGGAGAAUUUUUUGACAGGUCCUAUACCGCCUGACAUGUGCAAGAGUGGCAAAAUGAUUAAACUGCUUCUGCUACAGAACAGGUUCACCGGUGGAAUCCCAGAAAACUACGCGAAUUGCUCGUCUUUGGAACGGAUACGAGUAAAUAACAAUUCCCUUUCCGGUGUUAUUCCGGCGGGGAUAUGGAGCUUACCCAACUUAACCAUAAUUGAUGUUACUAUGAAUGAUUUUGAAGGUCCCGUCUCAUCCAAUAUCGGAGAAGGAAAAUCUCUUGCACAAUUACUUCUUGCUAACAAUCGCUUCUCUGGUGAAUUACCCUUGUCGAUUUCCGAAGCUUCGUCGUUGGUCUCCGUGAUGCUCAGUUCAAAUCAAUUCUCCGGUCAAAUCCCGGCAACAAUCGGUGGAUUGAGGAAACUAAACAGUCUUUAUUUAGACGGUAACAUGUUUUCUGGGAUUAUACCGGAGUCAUUAGGCUCAUGUGUUUCCCUGUCCGACAUAAACCUCUUUGGGAAUUUACUGUCGGGCAACAUUCCGGCAAGUCUCGGAAAUUUGCCUACUCUCAACUCGUUGAACUUGUCAAAUAACAAACUUUCCGGUGAAAUUCCGACCAGUUUGUCAUUACUGAGAUUGAGCCUUCUUGACCUGUCAAACAACCAGUUGGCCGGCCCAAUACCCGCGUCUCUGGCCAUCCAAGCCUUCCACAACAGCUUCAAUGGAAAUCCAGGCUUAUGCAGUCAGAAUUUCGAGCAUUUCCAGCCAUGUUCAUCACGUUCCAGCACACAGAGCCACCUCCGGACACUGAUACUCUGUUUUACUGCCGGAGCUUUGAUUCUGUUCGCUUCGCUAGCAUGUUUCCUAUGCGUUAAGCUAAGACCCAAUAAUCUUGAAACUCCAUUGAAGCCUAAUUCUUGGGAUAUGAAGCAGUAUCGCGUGCUAAGCUUCACAGAGAAAGAGAUCAUCGGCGCCAUCAAAACAGAGAAUCAGAUUGGGAAAGGAGGGUCAGGGAAUGUUUACAAGGCUGUACUAGCUGAUGGGAAAGAGCUUGCUGUGAAGCACAUUUGGAUAUCGGAUUCGAGUGGCCGGAAAAAUUGCCAGAGCAGCUCUGCUAUGCUGACAAAAAGGAAGUUCCGGUCAUCAGAGUAUGAAGCAGAGGUGGCCACAUUGAGCUCAGUGAGGCAUGUGAACGUGGUGGAUCUCUACUGCAGCAUCACCAGCGAGGACAGCAAUCUACUGGUUUACGAGUACUUGCCUAAUGGGAGCUUGUGGGAUCGGCUCCAUACAUGUAAGAAGAUUGAGAUGGGAUGGGAGGUGAGGUAUUUGAUUGCCUUGGGGGCUGCAAGGGGAUUGGAGUAUCUUCACCAUGGAUGUGAUAGACCAGUGAUUCACCGUGAUGUGAAAUCCAGUAAUAUUUUGCUGGAUGGGGAUUGGAAGCCAAAGAUUGCUGAUUUUGGGUUAGCUAAGAUUUUGCAGGCUGAUGGUGUAGGGGAUUGGACCCACGUCAUUGCUGGGACACUUGGAUACAUGGCUCCUGAAUAUGCAUACACAUACAAGGUGAAUGAGAAGAGUGAUGUCUACAGCUUUGGGGUAGUGUUAAUGGAGCUGGUGACAGGAAAGAGGCCGAUUGAGCGAGAGUUUGGAGAGAACAAGGACAUAGUCUGCUGGGUAAACAGCAAAAUGAAUAGCAGAGAGAGUUUGCUUGGCCUGGUGGACUCAAUCAUCUCAGAGGCUCUAAAGGAAGAUGCAAUGAAGGUGUUGAAAAUAGCCAUCCACUGCACAGCAAAAAUUCCAAGUCUAAGACCCUCCAUGAGAAUAGUAGUUCAGAUGCUAGAAGAGGCUGAGCCAUGCAAACUUACAGACAUUGUUAUCAACAAAGAAUCCCCAGAUAGUUCGAAUCAGAGAUUGAAGAACACUGGCAUGAUCCGAGCCCUUGAAUUUGAAGGUUAAACUUCAUAAGAAAUUGAUUCUCCUUGCUGUAAAAACGAAGAGAGAAUUUCGGAAUAGUAGUACAGAUGUAUCAUUUUCAUCUCUGCUCAUAAGAUUCUGCAGAGAGACUUUAGAUUGUAUUGUAUACACAAUAAUUAAGCUAGUUGUUUCGUCA